AUGAAGCUAUACGCGAUCUCUUAUUUAGUCGGAUUAGGCGCCGCUUUCACUCCCUUUCAGCCUCAUCAGACAAAAAGCUUUGAACUGAAUUUGACUUGGGCAUCAGGAGCGCCCGAUGGAGUCGAGCGCCAACAAGCUUUGAUCAAUGGCCAAUAUCCCGGUCCCCCGCUUAUAAUGGACGAGGGCGACGAUGUGGAGGUAGUAGUGAAUAAUUUUAUGCCGUUCAACACUACAGUGCAUUAUCACGGUAUUGAACAGAAGGGGACGCCGUGGUCAGAUGGUGUACCUGGACUUUCCCAGAGGCUUAUUCCUCCUGGUGGAAGUUUUACCUCUAAUUUCACAGUCCAGCAAUAUGGAACAUACUGGUAUCACUCUCAUUCUGCAGGGCAGAUAAUGGAUGGUCUAUACGGACCGAUGUAUAUCAGACCUCGAAAUAUCCCCGACAAUCUGACCGAGUAUAUCACAAACGAUACCCUGGCACAAUUCCAAAUACAGAAAGCCAUCGAGAACCCUAACUUGGUACUGCUAUCCGACUGGUUUCACAUGACAUCAGAAGAACUACGGGAUAUUGCAACCUCAGCAGAUAUCGAUCCAUUAUGUGGAGACUCUAUCUUAAUCAACGGCAAAGGUCGAGUAAACUGCCGCGACCCUGGAUAUCUGACAAGCAUGGUCCCUCCUUCGCUAGCCUCUAUUCUCCAGGGCAUGAAUUUUACCACAAAGGGAUGCCUUCCACUUCCAAACACCUACGCUCAGACCACACUCGCGCAUAACUACAGCGCUGUUCCACCAUCUCUGUUUGACCAGUGCAAUGCGACAAAUGCGACUGAGGAAGUGAUCAAGGUUGACCCCCUGAAGGGCUGGGCAAGUCUGAAUUUCAUCAGUACUGCAUCACUCUCGGUCCCGACAGUGUCCAUUAACAACCAUUCCCUCUGGGUAUACGAGGUUGAUGGUCAAUUCAUCACCCCCACCAAAGCUGAUGCACUGACGAUCGAAAACGGUGCUCGCUAUUCCUGCUUGGUUCAAUUGAACAAGACGCCUGGAGAUUACCUGAUUACAGUAGCCAAUUCCGGAUUCAACCAAAAGGUCGCAGGCUUCGGUACUCUCUCCUACAUUAACGGAGACCCCUCCAUUGUCUCGACGCCCUCAAUCAACUACGGCGCAGUCAACACAAGUGCAGAUGUUGUCAUCUUGGACAGCACGGAAAUCGAACCACUUUUUCCAAGCCAGCCCCGUGAAGCAGACACCACCCAUAUACUUACUUCCGGCCGUAUCGAAAGAGCCUGGGAAUGGUCUCUCAAUGGAAACCAUUCAUAUGGGCUCUCAUUGGAGGCAGAAAAGCCCAUGUUGUGGGAUCCUGAAUCAGUGAUGAAUAAGAACUUGGUUCUUUCUACCAAGAACAAUACCUGGGUGGAUAUUGUCUUUGCAGUAUCUGGAAAUGCCUCCACGCUUCAGCCCAGCCAUCCGAUCCACAAACAUUCAAACAAAGUCUAUGUCCUUGGUGCUGGCAGUGGCAUGUUCAACUGGGCUUCUGUCGCUGAGGCUGUGAAGGAUGUUCCAGAAAUGUUCAAUCUAGUCAAUCCUCCAAUAAGAGAUACUUUUACAACACUCCCUGCUUUCCAAGGUCCAAGCUGGAUGGCCGUUCGCUACCAUGUACAAAACCCGGGAGCUUUCCUGCUGCAUUGCCAUAUCGAUCCGCAUCUAACAGGUGGAAUGGGACUCGCCAUUUUGGAUGGCGUGGACGCAUGGCCUAGUAUUCCAGCCCAGUAUGGGCCAGAGGGUCACUGGAAUAGAGUGUAG